CUGGUCCCAUGCUGGGUGUGGGCUCCAUGGUACCCACGAUGGCCAAAGUCUGCGCUGGCUCCAGCCCUGCCACAGCGUGGCCACAGAUUGUCCUCCCCUGCAGAUCCACACCUUCUGGGUGGACGCGAAGAAUUACGUGGAGCACACACGGAAAUGGUACGCGGAGACCAUUCCCUUCCCCCUGAACUUCUUCCUGCCCAACUGCAUGCACAAGCAGCACGUGGAGCGGCUGCAGCUGAUGUGGGGAGAUGGGUACAUGGAGGAUGAGGAGAAGCUGGAGAAGGAGCUCUACCGGGAUGCUCGGGAAUGUCUGACACUCCUGUCCCAGCGCCUCGGCUCCCAGAAGUUUUUCUUUGGAGACUCGCCGGCCUCUCUUGAUGCCUUGGUCUUCAGCCGCCUGGCGCCGCUCCUGAAGGCGAAGCUGCCCAACGGGAAACUGCAGCAGCACCUGAAGUCCCUGCAGAACCUGUGCAACUACUGCACCUCCAUCCUCAGCCUCUACUUCCCCUGGGAUGGAGGUGACCCCCCAGCCAGCGCCCCGCGGGCGGCAGGUGCUGAGGGCAGCGAGGCGGAGGAGGAUCCCCACAAACGGCGCAACCAGCUGCUCUCGGUGCUGGUGGGGCUGGUGGCCAUGCUGGGCUACGCCUUCCAAAUCUCCUCCACCCAGCGGGGCGGUGCAGGGCCGGCUGGCCGCCAGCCCAUCGCCCUGGAGGAGGAGGAAGAGGAGGAGGAGGAGUGA